UGUAUUCAUCGCCAGCCACGUUAAAAGGAAGAACGUGUAUGUGAAUACGACCAGCAGAGCAGAGAAGCCAAGCGAAGGAUUCAGGAGCCCAGAAAUCCCCGUCCCACACACAGCCUCACGCACACACACGCACGCUCUCCGCGAGAGGAAGGGUAAAUAAAGCAAGCAACGAGCAUAAUGUCUGGCGAGGAAACGUCUGCCGAUCGCAAUGUCGAGAUCUGGAAAAUCAAGAAGCUCAUCAAGAGCCUGGAAAUGGCCCGUGGCAAUGGCACCAGCAUGAUUUCUUUGAUUAUUCCGCCAAAAGAUCAAAUCUCGCGCGUCAGCAAAAUGUUGGCCGAUGAGUUUGGAACGGCCUCGAACAUCAAGUCUCGCGUAAAUCGCCUGUCCGUCCUCGGUGCCAUUACGUCGGUACAGCACAGACUCAAAUUAUACACCAAAGUGCCUCCCAACGGUUUGGUCAUCUACUGCGGCACCAUUGUCACAGAGGAGGGCAAGGAGAAGAAGGUGAACAUAGACUUCGAGCCAUUCAAGCCCAUUAACACGUCGCUCUACCUCUGCGACAACAAGUUCCACACGGAGGCCCUCACUGCCCUGCUCGCCGACGACAACAAAUUCGGAUUCAUCGUGAUGGACGGUAACGGAGCGUUGUUUGGAACCCUUCAGGGCAACACCCGCGAGGUGCUGCACAAGUUCACCGUCGAUCUGCCGAAGAAGCACGGACGCGGUGGUCAGUCCGCCCUUCGUUUUGCCCGUCUGCGUAUGGAGAAGCGCCACAAUUAUGUGCGAAAGGUCGCCGAGGUGGCCACCCAGCUCUUCAUCACGAACGACAAGCCCAACAUUGCCGGACUCAUUUUGGCCGGUAGUGCGGACUUCAAGACCGAGCUCAGUCAGUCCGAUAUGUUCGAUCCUCGUUUGCAAUCAAAAAUUAUCAAGCUGGUGGACGUGUCUUAUGGCGGUGAAAACGGUUUUAACCAGGCCAUCGAAUUGGCAGCCGAAUCGCUGCAGAACGUGAAAUUCAUACAGGAGAAGAAACUCAUCGGACGUUACUUUGAUGAAAUUUCUCAGGAUACUGGCAAAUACUGUUUCGGAGUGGACGACACCUUGAGGGCACUGGAACUUGGCUCUGUGGAGACCCUUAUUUGUUGGGAGAACCUGGACAUUCAACGUUAUGUUCUCAAGAAUCAUGCCAACUCGACGUCAACGACAGUAUUACAUUUGACGCCCGAGCAGGAAAAGGACAAGUCGCACUUCACUGACAAGGAGAGCGGGGUGGAAAUGGAGCUGAUUGAGUCUCAGCCGCUGCUGGAAUGGCUGGCAAACAACUACAAAAUGUUCGGCGCCACACUGGAGAUUAUCACGGACAAGUCCCAGGAGGGAAGUCAGUUCGUGCGAGGUUUCGGCGGAAUCGGCGGCAUUUUGCGCUAUAAAGUAGAUUUCCAAUCCCUACAGGCCGACGAGCCGCUGGAGGACGUCGAUCUCGAUGACUAUUAAGCUGCGAAUAUGCGUUACAUACAUAAUAAAAACCAGUACUUUUUGGGAAACCUCGUAAAGCAAAACGUUCAAAUUGAUUAGGAACCAAUUUACUUGCCACAUAGUUUUACCUAUGUUCAGCGUAGUCGUUCAAUAUUUAUCACCAAUAGGGUCCCUCAUCAGUCGGAUGGUGCAUUUCCUUGUCGAUCGGAAGAUCUAGAUAUGUACCUAUACGUUUUACCAAAUUUUUAAAUCAGUCGUGUGCACCAAGCGGAACCGAGUGCGAGAUUACUUUUAAGCAACAAAUUAAAUUCGUAUUUCGUAUUCGUAAUUCGUAAUUCAAUUGUCAUGUAAAAGAGAUAUUAGCCCAUUCUCUGUUCACCUUGUUCGAUUUUGACUGCGGUUUUAGUGAGCAUGCCACUAUUAGCUGGACAAGUUUCGAACGUAUCUGCAUUUCCCCUAUUCAAAUUACAACCGAGUGUUAUAAGAAAAAGUAUACAAAUCUAAUCCAUAAAAUUGUAAUAAAAAUUAAACCAGAAAUAAAACACCACACAUAAUGAGGAUGACUAUCCGUUUAUAUUAAAUCGCGAUACAAAGAACAC